UAAAAACCAACAAAUAUGUCUGGAAGGCUGUGGUCCAAGGAUUUUGCUGGCUAUAAGCAUGGUCUCCGGAACCAGAGGGAGCACACAGCUCUUCUUAAAAUUAAAGGUGUUUAUGCUCGAGAUGAAACUGAAUUCUAUCUAGGCAAGAGAUGUGCUUAUGUGUACAAAGCAAAGAACAACACAGUGACUCCUGGCGGCAAACCAAAUAAAACCAGAGUAAUCUGGGGAAAGGUAACUCGUGCUCAUGGAAACAGUGGCAUGGUUCGUGCCAAGUUCCGAAGCAACCUUCCUGCUAAGGCCAUUGGACACAGAAUCCGUGUGAUGCUGUACCCUUCAAGGAUUUAAACUUAAUGAGAAGUAAAUAAAGUGGAUUUUGUUGUA